GACAGCAAAAUUUAUUUAUUUUUUCAUUGAAAUAAACAAAAAAUGAUAGGAAAAUUCAUACAAAUAUUUUGGAAAUGGUGGAAAAGAAAAAUUAAGGACAUUUUGGAUAAUAAAAGGAGGUUAACUCUUGUUCUUGUAUUCUUAGUAGCUUUGAUUGGAAUAUGUUUGAACCAAGUCCAAAAACUCAAACAAAAAGAACACAAAUGCAAAGGUACAAAGCCUAAAUCUGCAGAACCUCCUGCGUUACGAUAUCCUCCCGAUACCGAAAUUCCUUUACCACCUUCUCCAUCGAUCUUACAUGUGUUUGAAAAAGCUGCAGUUUGUUCAGACAGUGAUGUCUGCAGUCGGAUUGGAAGAGAUAUCCUUCAACAAGGUGGAAAUGCUGUAGAUUCAGCAUUGGCAACUCUAGCUUGCAAUGGUUUGGUUACCAUGCAAAGUAUGGGUAUUGGAGGUGGAUUCAUAAUGAAUGUAUUUCAACAUUCCAAAAAUCACUCUUCCACAAUAAUUGCUCGUGAAACAGCUCCAAAAGCAAUUAAAUUCGAACACUUUUCCACAAAAAAUAGCAAAGAUUCAAACCUUCAAGGACCAAUUUCUAUAGCAGUUCCUGGAGAAGUUAUGGGUUAUGAAGUGGCACACAAAAAAUUUGGUUCACUUCCAUGGAAUCGAAUACUUCAACCAACUAUUGAAAUUUGUGAAAAAGGAUUUCAACUAUCAAAACAUCAAUGGGAUUCGUUAUUCUUUAAUCCACGAAUAAGAAAUGAUCCAUAUUUGAGAGAAAUGUUUGUGAACAAAUCAACAGGUGAAUACAAUCGAGUGGGUUCGAUUGUUCAUCCGCCAAGACAACUUUGUGAGACUUAUCGAAUUUUAUCCGAAAAUGGUUCACAGGAUUUUUACAAUGGAAACUUGGCUGAAAUGAUUGCAAAAGAUCUUAGAGAUAUGGGAAGCAUUAUUUCGCUUGAUGAUUUGAAAAACUAUCAAGCUGAGAUUUUGGAUUCUGUUCACUUAAAUUUGGGAUCCGAUGUAUUACAUUUGGUUCCACCAGUUGGCAGUGGUGUUGUUAUUGGUCAAGUAAUGAAUAUUCUGAAAGGAUACAAUUUCGACAAAAAGAAAGUUCAUAGUGAAAAAAUAUUAAUUCAUCGGAUUAUCGAAGCUUUGAAAUUUGGAUUUGCUAGUCGAUGGAAACUUGGAGAUCCUAAUUUCAAUGAUCAUCAAGAAGAGGUUUUGGCGGAAAUGCUUUCAUCUGAAUUGGCUGAUGCUUUGAGGUUAAAAAUUAAUGACAAAAUGACUCACAGUGAUGCCAAUUAUUAUGGAGGUGAAUCUGAACCAGUGAAUGAAUAUGGAACUGGACAUUUAUCUGUUUUGGCUCCGAAUGGUGAUGCUGUGUCGAUAACAAGUACAAUUCAUUAUUAUUUCGGCUCAGCAAUCAUGGGCAAACGAACAGGGAUCCUCUUUAACAGUGCUAUGGGUGAUUUUUCAAUUACAGGUCAGCAAAAUUAUUUCUCUCUUCCACCAUCGAAAGCAAAUCUUGUCGAACCAAAUAAACGUCCAAUGUCAUCAAUGGCUCCAACGAUAGUUACAAAUGUCAAAGGAGAUGUCAAACUUGUUAUAGGUGGCGCUGGUGGACCGAAAAUUAUCUCAGCUUUAGUUAAUAUUUUACUACGAAUUUUGUGGUUGGGUAAUGAUGUGAAACAAGCAAUUGAUGCACCAAGAUUUCAUCAUCAAUUGAUACCAAAUUUCUUUGAAUAUGAAUUUGGAAUGUUAAAGGACGUUGUUGAUGACCUUGAAAAAAUGGGCCAUAAAACCCUGCGCUACCGAGAACGUGGUUCGGCAUUUUGUGGAAUUAUGAAAAAUGAAACAGCUGUCUAUGCAAAUGUGGACUUUAGAAAACUUGGAGGUGUAUUUGGGUUUUAACG